AUGGAAGCAGCUGGCCUUGCGAUCGGAACAUUUGCACUCGUCGGAGUGUUUCAGGACUGUGUAGCGCUUUUGUCUCAAAUCGGCGGGGCGAAGUCUAUGGAGAAGGACUAUGUUCUACUUGCAACAAGACUCGACUUCCAAAGAACCCUGCUGCUGCAAUGGGCGAACAGACUGGAUCUUUUCGACAGCACAUCUCGCGAUACGCGACUGGAUGAUCCGACCGUCGGACCCCUUGUAGAGCAAGGACUCUCGUGUAUUCGUCAGCUUCUUCAAGACAGCCAAUCACUACAGCAACGCUAUGGUGUCAGGCCGAUUGGAGUAAAGGAGAGACUCGCCUCUUCAUCAGCUGUAAGUGGCAGAUUGAUGUCUCGCUUUCGGCAGAAAUCGCUGAGCCUCCAACUGUGGCGCGGUCCCCAGUCAUCAAUCCAGCCCUCAACGGACAACGACGAGCAUACCCACUCCAGUUUUAGUAAGAUCAAAUGGGUCAUCAAAGAUAAAGAACAGUUUGAAUGUCUUGUUCAGAAGCUAUCGGAUCUCAUCGCGGACCUCGACAAGGUCAUACCACCUCAGACAGGAUUAGAUGUUGUUCACACCGGAUUGAGAGACGAAGUUGAGCAACUAAACGACGUUCGCAAGCUCAAGGCUAUCUUAGCAGCGUCGUUGGAAGAUAGUAACAAUCUUGUCGAAGUCACGAAGCGAACCAUCGAUAAAAAAUGCGCUCAAUUGAUCCUCGACCGUCUUUGGUUUCGCUUGAUCGAUGACAGAAAAGACAACAUCGCCGAAGCUCAUUCCAAAACCUUUGAAUGGGCCAUUCAUCCCCCAGUCCCCGGUGACGCGCGGAGUGAUCUGGGAGAGUGGUUACGAUCAGGAUGUAAGAUUUACUGGAUAUCUGGUAAACCGGGCAGCGGAAAGUCUACCUUGAUGAAAUAUUUGUACAACCACCCGGAUGUCAUGGACUUACUGCAGGAGUGGGCAGGAGAUAGGAAGCUGACCGUAGCUCCGUUCUUCCUGUGGAACAUUGGCUCCACUGAGCAAAGCUCACAGCAAGGACUUGCUCGAGGGCUAUUAUACCAUGUUCUCAAAGAAAAUUCAACACUAAUUCCUACGAUCCUCCCGCAUACGUGGCAAGAAGCGCAAAAUGGCGUCGUCGAUCUACAAGUUCCUACAGAUGUCGAAAUGAGAGCUGCAUUUCAAAGACUCGGUGCUGAGACCACCGCUGGAGCUUUUGCUUUUCUCAUCGAUGGUCUCGACGAAUUCACUGGCAACCACCGGGACGGAAUAUCGUUUGUUAAAAGCCUCGCCACCAGCGCAAAUAUGAAGAUACUAGUUUCGAGCAGACCUAUCGAUACUUGCGUCGCAGCGCUCUCUUCGGCACCCAGGCUGAGACUUCAGGAUCUCACAAAGCCAGACAUCGAAAAGUACAUCAACGAUGUCGUGCGGUCGCGACCUUAUGCUUUCGAAUACAACUAUCUGACUGACACCGCUGUGGAAGGGUUGGUGAAUGAUAUAAGGCGCAAAGCAGAUGGUGUAUUCUUAUGGGUCGUACUUGCAUGUCGCACGCUGCUAGAGGGCUUUGCGGCUUGCGACAGUGUUGAAGAACUUCAGCGCCGGAUCGAAGAGCUACCACCAGAACUCGAUGAUCUGUUCCGUCACAUCCUCAAUAGCCUUGAUUCUCGCUUUCUUCAACAGGCCGCUAAAAUUCUGCGGGUUUGCUACACCUACUACUCUCUGAGGCAUAUCGAAGAAAAGCUCACAAGUUUCGCACUAGCAUGGGCCCAUGAGAAAGAUAUGGACAUUGACGCAUUGGACGUUUUCAUCCCACACUCGCUUGAUGAACAAAAAAGGAAAUGCGCGAUGCUGGAAGGUCGUUUGCGUAGUCGGUGUAAGGGACUUGUGGAGAUCUACGAGAACUCUUUUGAUGGCUUCUAUGUUGACUUCAUGCACCGUACAGUGUUUGAAUUUCUUGAUACCGCAGAUGCUUGGACAAUGGACUGCUUGCAGAUCAAAGACCACCAGUUCGAUGCCGCCACCGUUUUGGCUUAUAUGGGAUGUUACAAAUUGUUUCUCGAGACGUAUCCGGUCACUAACGCCGACGAAAUCAUGUUUCAUAAUCUCGACUUCAUCGGUUUAGUAAAGAAGAGCUCGCCAUCGAACCUGCCCCGCGUCCUGAAUCGUUACGCUUUCGCACUUUUGCGGCCGAGGGAUGACCAAAACCUGCCUAUAUUUGGCCCUUUCCAGCACGAUCUAUCUUUGGAUGACGCGGUUCUUUUACUAGCAGUUGAGAUUGGUUUGACGACUUGUGUCCGGAAACAGGAUGUGGAGAACUUCAAUACUCGUCAGAGAUUGCGCUACCAUGAUUCAGCCCAAAGAUUCAACUUGCUAUAUCACUCUAUGAUAAUACCUGUGAUACAACCGGAGGAAGUUGAAGGUUUUUCCGAAAUUGAGCCUAUGAUAAGCCUUCUCAUAGCUUCCGGAUGCGAUCCAAAUGCCAGCAUCUUCCUGGUCAACGAAGGGACGAAUACUACCCCCUGGGAAGUAUGGAUGGACCCCGAAUCCGGUCAAAACAUGUUCCUCGAUCCUUUGCAAGAUAUAAAAAUCACAAUGCGAAUGUUAAGUACUGGUGCUGCGUCUGCGCCCCAGAUGCUCAAUGGUUCUACCCCAUGUAACAAAGAUUACUGGGGGCGUAUAGUUGAGAUGAUACAGGAAUGGCGCGAGACACUUGCGGAGCCACGGUAUGCAGAAAUUCAAGAACAGCUACUAGAGUUCUGCGAAACGAUUCUGGGUGCAAUGUUGGCAAGCUCCGAGCGCAAUUUACCUUAA